AUGCCUAUACUGGAAAAAGCUCCCCAUAAGACAGCAACAAAAACUCCCAGCAGUGAGGAGGAGCCUAAGUUGCCCAAACUGCCAGUGCCCCCACUGCAGCAGACCCUGGCCACUUAUCUGCGAUGCAUGCAGCACCUAGUACCUGAGGAGCAGUUCAGGAGGAGCCAGGCCAUCGUGCAGCAGUUUGGGGCCCCUGGUGGCCUUGGUGAGACCCUACAGCAGAAGCUCCUGGAACGACAGGAGAAGACUGCCAAUUGGGUGUCUGAAUACUGGCUGAAUGACAUGUAUCUCAAUAACCGCCUGGCCCUGCCUGUAAACUCCAGCCCAGCAGUGAUCUUUGCCCGGCAGCACUUCCAAGAUACAAGUGACCAGCUAAGGUUUGCAGCCAGCCUCAUCUCUGGUGUGCUCCACUACAAGACGCUGCUGGACAGCCACUCCAUCCCUCCUGACUGUGCUAAGGGCCAGCUGUCAGGGCAGCCACUUUGUAUGAAGCAAUACUACGGGCUCUUUUCCUCCUACCGGCUCCCCGGCCACACCCAGGACACACUGGUGGCACAGAAGAGCAGUGUCAUGCCCGAGCCAGAGCACAUCAUCGUGGCCUGCUGUAACCAGUUCUUUGUCUUGGAUGUUGUCAUUAAUUUCCGCCGUCUCAGUGAGGGGGAUCUGUUCACUCAGUUGAGAAAGAUAGUCAAAAUGGCUUCCAACGAGGAUGAACGCUUGCCUCCAAUCGGCCUGCUGACGUCAGAAGGGAGGAGCGAGUGGGCUGAGGCCAGGACGGUCCUCGUGAAAGACUCCACCAACCGGGACGCCCUGGAUAUGAUUGAACGCUGCAUCUGCCUCGUGUGCCUGGACGCCCCGGGAGGUGUGGAUCUCAGCGACACCAACAGGGCGCUCCAGCUCCUUCAUGGUGGAGGCUGCAGCAAGAAUGGGGCAAACCGCUGGUAUGACAAAUCCCUACAGUUUGUGGUGGGACGAGAUGGCACUUGUGGCGUAGUGUGCGAACACUCCCCGUUUGACGGCAUCGUCCUGGUACAGUGCACAGAGCAUCUGCUGAAGCACAUGGUGAAGAGCGGCAAGAAGCUGGUCCGAGCCGACUCUGUCAGUGAGCUCCCGGCCCCCAGGAGGCUGCGUUGGAAAUGCUCCCCAGAAAUUCAAGGCCUCUUAGCCUCCUCGGCGGAAAAACUUCAACGAAUAGUAAAGAAUCUCGACUUCACUGUUUACAAGUUUGACAUCUUCGGGAAAACAUUCAUUAAGAAGCAGAAAUGCAGUCCUGAUGCCUUCAUCCAGGUGGCCCUCCAGCUGGCCUUCUACAGGCUCCACAGGAGACUUGUGCCCACCUAUGAGAGUGCGUCCAUCCGCCGAUUUCAGGAGGGCCGUGUGGACAACAUUCGAUCGGCGACUCCAGAGGCACUGAGUUUUGUGAAAGCCAUUACUGACCACAAAGCUGCUGUGCCCGAUUCAGAGAAGCUGCAGCUCCUAAAGGAUGCCAUCCGAGCCCAGACUGAGUACACAGUCAUGGCCAUAACAGGGAUGGCCAUCGACAACCACUUGCUGGCGCUGCGGGAGCUGGCCCGGGACACAUGCAAGGAGUUGCCUGAGAUGUUCACAGAUGAAACAUACCUGAUGAGCAACCGGUUCAUCCUCUCAACCAGCCAGGUGCCCACAACCAUGGAGAUGUUUUGCUGCUAUGGUCCUGUGGUACCCAACGGGUAUGGUGCCUGUUACAACCCCCAGCCAGAGAGCAUCCUUUUCUGCAUCUCCAGUUUUCAUGGCUGCAAAGACACCUCUUCUACCAAGUUUGCAAAAGCAGUGGAAGAAAGCCUCAUUGAAAUGAGGGACCUCUGCAGUCUGCCACAGUCUACAGUGGGCAAGCCACUGGCAACAAAAGAAAAAGCUAUGAGGCCCAUCCAGGGGCACCAACCUUGA